GAAAAAGAGCGAGUGGGAGCAAAACGCGCGUAGAGGGGAGAUAGGGUCGGCGCUUUAGUAGUGGUACCGAGUCCCGAGGGGGCAGGAGGAAAAGGGGACGAGCAGAAGGCAGCGAAGGCGCUGCCCUCAGUCGGUCGCUCGUUUCACUACAGUCAGCAUACAGAGGAGAGCAAGCGAUUGACUAUACGUGGUCUUUGCCUAAGCGCGCACCGCUCCGUGUUCCCGUUUUUCGAGCGAAGGCUUCGAGCUUCGUUCUGCCCGCUCUUUCGCUCGGUCGGUCGUGAGUGCGCGCGCGCACACGCACACACUCCUUCGAAAUAGACAGCGACAGAGCACCGAGAGAGGAGUCGUGCAGAGCCAGGCGCGCGUACACAGUCAUCGAACGUGGUUAUUCGUACGGAGGCGGACGUGUGAUACAGCAUAAUCGAGGCCGUUUUUCGCGGGGGAAAAAGACAACGGCCGUACAUCGCUGUCUUUGUUGUCUACUUGCCGUCAUCGUCGUCGCGGUCGUCGAUGAGAUCGUCAAUGAGGUUUAGCCGACGCUGGAGCGUGUUUCGUGCUGUAUUAAAAGAUAUACGAACGAUUACAUGGAAACAGUCGGUACAGCGUGUCCUAAGAAACGGGAGGAUCAGAGACGUUCGUGAGUAAAUAGAGCGUAAAGGGGUACGUACCCUGCGGAACUCGUGUGUAUAGUCUCGCGGCUGACGAUCGAAGUACGCGAGAACCCGAGUGUAUUCCGAGAGUUCCUUCGGAGAUCGGUGCAUACGUGCGUGUACGAAAACUAAGAGGUGGGGAGACCGUCUAUACUUCGCGGACAUCCGGCGGGGAAUCCGCACGCAUUCGUACGAAGCUCUCUCGGAGAGCGAGGGAAAAAAGGAGGAAGGAUCUGGCGCCGAGGGAAACACGGUGAUCUCGAAAGGAGAAAGGAGGUUCGUCGCGUUUCCAUUGCUGUAUCUUGUACAUUCUCCUCUUUGUCGAGUCGAAAAGUUGGAGCACAAGUUGCUCUGCACACGUAUUAUUGUCAUCGUUUCCUUCAUCGGCCCGUAUCGUUGAUCCUCGUGCGUGCGUACCCGCACGCAACGGUUGAAAUUUUCGGUACAAAUAAUAAGGGUGGUGGAAGGACGUGACGAGGAAAAGAGAGGGCAAGAGAGGGGAACGGGCACAGAAGAGAGAAGUCCGAAACACGCCGAGCAGUGCUGCUCCCUAUUGGCGACGUCGAGUCGCGCUCCCCACCCGGGACAGUCGAACGAGGUCCGAAGGCGAGUUCUCGGCGUGUAACUACGGUGAUUUUCCCUUACGAGAGUGUACGCACGAGACCUCGUAGCUCUGCACCACGUCCUGUACCGCGUAAACUUCUUCACCGUGCGUCCGACAUCGUAGUAAUUAUCGUUGAAAAAACUUCGUCCUUGAAGCGUGAAGAAUACCUUUCGAGGAAAUCGAAAAACAGCCAGGCACAGAAAGAGACAGAACGAGAGUGAGAGAAAGGAACUGGCAGUGAGUCUGCUUUAUAUACGCGUGGUAUCGUCGACGAUCUUCCUCGCCAAUAAACUGUGUGUGCGCCGAUCGUGAACGCGUCCCACGCGUGUGUCGCGUAUCACCGCCGCCGGUGAAACCGAGAGAAUUCGAACGAGGCAGAGGGUAAAAUAGGAUUUCUCGCGUGGUCGGUCCUCUCCCGUGGCACGCACGGAGAGGGGUGCAUCGAGGAGUGAGAGAAGGAGGAGAAGGAAAGUAAGCGAGACACUGAUAGACGAAGAUAGAAGAGGAAGAAGAGGGAGUGAGACAGAGACUCUUGAGGGGGAGUGACGGAGACGGGUAUAGUGCACGGAGGCGCUGGUGCUGCGCCCCAAUGGCCGUUCCUCGAAGCUCAGUUAUCACAAUGGCUUCCGUGAAAGACACAGCGACUUUCUUCGUGGAGGGCACUGCGAGUCAGUUCGAACACGUACUGAAGCUUUAUCCGCAGGCCCUCAGACUCAAGGCCGAUCGCAAAACGAAAAAACCCGAGGAGCUAAUCAAGUUGGACAACUGGUAUCAGAAUGAGCUUCCAAAGAAGAUCAAGUCACGCGGCAAGGACGCGCAUCUCAUCCACGAGGAGCUGGUGCAAACGAUGAAAUGGAAGCAAACACGUGGAAAGUUUUACCCCCAGCUGAACUACUUGGUAAAAGUGAACACACCCCGUGCAGUAAUGGCGGAGACGAAAAAAGCAUUCAAAAAGCUUCCAAAUCUUGAACAGGCGAUCACUGCCCUCUCGAAUUUGAAAGGAGUAGGCACCACGAUGGCAUCGGCCCUAUUGGCAGCAGCGUCGCCAGAGAAUGCGCCUUUUAUGGCGGACGAAUGCCUGAUGGCAAUACCGGGAAUCGAGGGCAUCGAUUAUACCAUCAAGGAGUACCUCAACUUUGUCCAGCACAUUCAAAAUACUGUCGAGAGGCUGAACAAACAAACGUCGAACAGCAAGACAUGGAGCCCUCACAGGGUGGAACUGGCGCUGUGGACCCACUACGUGGCGUCCGAGAUGAAACCGGAGUUACUGGACGGGAUCCCGGGUUCGACGGAGAACGGUAACUCUCAUCCGCCCAGCAACGGCGAGGCGACGGAACCAUCGGACGACAGCAAUCAAGAAGUGGCGGUGAACGGAAAGGAGCCGGGUAGUAUUGAUCCGGCGGCCAUCGACGAGAACAGCACCACCACGUCCUUCACCGAGGACUCGAUGGACAAACCGGCCACGCCGAUCACGGUCGCCGUGGCCAGCGAAGACACCAACGACUCCCUCGCCACGAACGAGAACGACGACAGCAACAACACGCCGCGACCAACCGAUAGUGAGGACACCGAGGACUCGCAAGACGCGCAGGAGCCGCCCACCAAGAAGAGCAAGAAGUGACCCACCACCACCCAGGGAGUCACGAAUACGAGCAACAACGUCACCGCCCUCGUGUCGGCCGCCAAUCUAACGCUGAUCGCGGCGAGGCGCUUCUAAAAACCGCCAGGAUCACCGAUCAGGGUCGCGGAUAGUAGACCUUGCGUAGCUACCAUCGGCACCAUCACGAUCGUUUUUCAUUAUUCUCCCUUCGCUGCAGCUCUCUUUCUCUCUCUAUGUCUCUUCUCUCCCUUGGUACUCUCUCACUUUGAUCUCUCCGUUUUAUCAGCUAGUUGUCUCUCCUGAAGCUUCUACUCGUCAUUCUGUUUCCUUGUAUCCCGUUUCCGCCUUGUUUCCUUUUCCUCCGUUCUCUCUCGCAGGGUCAUCUCUCCUAUCCCCCACCGGAGACUUCGUGCAACAAUAGCAUUCACCACGCGCACACGAUGGGCUGUUACGCGAGCACCAUGCUGGUUUUUAGAUUCAUUGGGGCUCGAUCGCGGAGGCAGAACGAAGCUGCGAAAGCUCACGGUUUCGAAGAUCGCGCGCGAGC